GAGAGAAAGCUCAGCCAUGGAGGGCAAGGAAGAAGAUGUGAAGCUUGGAGCAAACAAGUUCCCAGAGAGGCAACCCAUUGGGACCUCUGCACAGACACACAAGGACUACAAGGAGCCACCACCAGCUCCAUUGUUUGAGCCAGGUGAGCUCACCUCCUGGUCCUUCUACAGAGCUGGAAUUGCUGAGUUCAUUGCCACCUUCCUGUUCCUCUACAUCACCAUCCUUACUGUCAUGGGUGUCAAUAGAACUACUAGCAAGUGUGACUCUGUGGGCAUCCAAGGAAUUGCUUGGGCCUUUGGUGGGACCAUCUUUGCCCUUGUUUACUCCACUGCUGGUAUCUCAGGAGGGCACAUCAACCCAGCAGUGACCUUUGGGCUCUUUCUGGCAAGGAAACUCUCCCUUACCAGAGCCGUUUUCUACAUAGUGAUGCAGACCCUUGGUGCAAUUGCUGGUGCUGGUGUUGUGAAGGGCUUCCAGAAGAACCAGUAUGAGCUUUUGGGUGGUGGGGCCAACCUUGUUAACCAUGGCUACACCAAGGGUGAUGGCCUUGGAGCUGAGAUUGUCGGUACUUUUGUCCUUGUUUACACUGUCUUCUCCGCUACUGAUGCCAAGAGGAAUGCCAGAGACUCUCAUGUCCCUAUUUUGGCCCCUCUUCCCAUUGGUUUUGCAGUGUUCUUGGUUCACUUGGCCACCAUCCCCAUCACCGGAACCGGCAUCAACCCUGCCAGGAGUCUUGGAGCCGCCAUUGUCUACAACAAGGAGCACGCUUGGGAUGACCACUGGAUCUUCUGGGUUGGACCAUUCAUUGGUGCUGCUCUUGCUGCUAUCUACCACCAGAUAGUCAUCAGGGCCAUUCCUUUCAAGUCCAGGAGCUAAUUUUCUUUAACCUCUCCACUUUUAAAUUAGUGUCCCAUUCUCCCUUUUUGGUGUCUUCUUCGCCUCCUU